AUGCGUUCACGAACUGGAUGCCUCACUUGCCGUCAGCGGAAGCUCAAGUGUGAUGAGAAGAAGCCUGUGUGUGGACAAUGCAUCAAGGCCUCGAGAGAAUGCAUCCCAAGUUCAGGGAUAGUAUUCCGUCAUCAACACAAUGCCUCCAUGAACGGCGACGACUCAGGGGAUGAGAACUCCUUGAAGGGUUUCUACUCCUACAAGAACACAUUUGAGGAUGAUGCUAUUUGGUUGGACAUUCCAAGGAUCGUCACCUUCAUCAACACAACAAAUCCAUACCUCGAUCCCGUAACGCCAGAUCUCGAGACCAUGUCUGUCACAUCAACGGACUCGCCUGCUCCUUUUCAACCUCGAUCAGUCAGCUCGUGGCCAACCUCUGGGAACAUCCACUCUUUGAUCAGCACGCCUUCUAGCAUGGGUCCAGAACUAGCACCCACCAGCGUACCUAUGUGCUAUACUCCAGAGCUUGAUGCGCUACCACCUCUGAUACAAUCACCACCCACAUCGACAGUCAACACUCCCAUCUCACCACCAGCCUCAUUAUGUAAUCGUCGCAUCCACCCAAUCAUGGAUUGGUCAGGUGCCAUGACACCUCCACCUAUCGAUCCUCGCCUCACAUCACCUUUCGAUUCAACAACAGAGUACAUGCCUCAAUCAUGCUCAAUGUCGAGCUCGCGGCAGUCGCCGCCCCGAUCUAAUAGUGGAUCGUUGAUGUCAGAAGAUCACGAGGUCGCCUUCCUCUUACGGUAUUUCUCCGAGGGGCCUGGGCGCUGGAUGGACCUCUUCGACAGAGACACAUACUUCGCUUCCUACGUGCCAGUACAAGCACGGGAAAACACUCUGCUCAAGAACGCUGCUGUCGCAUGCGCCGCAAAGGCUCUCGCACAGGUUCAAGGCCGCAAGUCCGGAAGAUCCAGAUGUCAGGCAAGGAUGGAGGUCUACCCUGGGUCUUCAACAGUGGACUGGAAACACAAAGCAGCGGUUUACUACAACAACGCCGUAUCUUCUCUGCUUCAAGCUUUGAAGUCCGACACAACCAUCACCGCGGAUGAAUCGGAUUGCGAGUUUCAUCAGCACAAUGGCGAGCUAGUACACCCUGCCAAGCGACGCCGAACAUCGAGCAACGCCUCUUGCAAUUCUGGCACUGACGAAAUCCUGGCGGCUUCGGCCAUCCUCUGCGUAUACGAGUUCCUUGACGUAUCGAUGUCAGAAUGGGCCAAGCACUUGAGCGGCGCUAAAUCUCUACUGGUCCACUCGCAGGAGCGUUUUAUGCCUUUCCAGAUGCAGUCGCCCGGCUCACCUCUCUCAACAUCAAGUCUAAGCUUCAUCUCCAAGGCUCGACGAUCAACUUUCUGGAACAUUGCACGACAAGACACGUAUGCGGCUUUCAUCAGCAAGACUCAUACACACCUUGAUACUGAAGAUCUUUCUUUGUGGAAGGAAGCUGGCUUACUCAUUGACGAUCAAGGCUUCUUAGUACCCAACAACCUCGUUGAGAGCGGCUACUCUGACGAUGGAGUCGUUUGCAAUGCCCUUGUCUGGCUUAUGUCGAAGCUGAUCAACUUCAUGGCGGCUGGAGACGAGCUUCCUACAGAUAUGGGAAUGGGCUGGGCUGGUAUUCCUCAAUCAACACUUCUGGACUACUGGUACCACCUGCGCAAGCAGUUUCAAGCCUGGUACGACAGCCUCCCUGUAACCUUUAAGCCUUCCAGCCGAAUGGAACCCACCCUUGCUCCUGGACGACUUCUUCGAGGAGAGAACGAGGCUUUGUUCCCGGAAGUGUGGUACAACAUUCCUAUGUGCGCUUCGACAAUGCAAGCCUACCACAUGAGCCAGAUCUUGUUGUUCAUGAACAAGCCACAUGAGUCUACCCAAGGCCGCAGCACUGUCUGUGCUCGCCUCAACUCCUACCAGUCGGCCCUUGCUGCUUGCCGGAAGCACAGCCGCGAGAUUGUUGGCAUUUCACUCGCCCAAUCAGACGAUGCCGUACGCGUUUAUUCCGUCCAAGCCCUGUUCACUGCCGGGCAAUGUCUCGGUGACGCACGAGAACGUCAAGUUGUCCUCGACCUCCUCCACGAUGUCGAAACCGACGUUGGUUACGCAACCGAAUACCGAGCUCGCCAGCUCAUAGAACAAUGGCAGUGGGAGACUCAACAAGACGUCUUCGUCCCUUGA